AUGGGACCAUCUCUGCGAGAUCACGCGUCCUUUGUGCGGCCGUCCACUCGGGAUCGGCCGAUGACGCGCGGCGAGGGGGAAAAUUCGCUGGUCGUCCCCAGCCGCACGUCGUCGCUGCAUUCCCGCAUCACCCAACCUAUUCCCUCGACCCUCAGCAUCAAACCCUCCCAGCGGACCCCCAAAACCCUCACUCAUGCCUACAUGGUGUGCGGUGUCGGCCGUGAGCCGUCCCAAUGGGUGAAGGCCCCCGCCCCCGAGCAGGGCAAGAUUGGCCACAUGAAGGGAGCCGUGGGCCAGUUCUGGCUUCCCGAGAUCCUGGGCAGCAGCCCCCGGUUAGAGCAGGAUAACGAAAUUGCCCGAGGCCUGCACGCGGCCAUGAGGGCAUGCUUCCCCCACGAUGUGGAGAUUUGCACUGGCAAGAGCCAGCCGCACUGCGCCCACCACGCCUUCGUCCUGCAGCAAGACUCUUCUCACACCUUGUACGGUAUCGCGCUGCGCGUCUGGUCCCGUGCUGACGAGAAGCGUGCCGAGACCAUCCGGGAAUUGCGCAAGAAGACCGAGCCCGACUUUUACGAUAACCCCGAUGAGACCUACUGGAUCCCCUAUUGUCUGAGCUUCCUUUCCCGCUAUCCCCUGUAUGACCUGCUGGGCGAUUAUCUUCGAGGGAUGUGGAUUCACUGGAACAAGGCCACCAACCUGUUCCACGCCGAGGAGGUCUCUCGCAUUCUCAGCUUCCCAGCUCCGCGCUUGAACGACCUCGUCCGGAUCGACAUGAAGGACUACGCUCUUUGCUACCAGUUCCCCUCCUCCCCGACUGGCUUCCAGAACUUCGCCAUGUGGCCCCUAUUCAACUGUCUGUCGAUCCCGAACAUUGUCGGAGUCAUCGAAGCCGCUGUGUCGCCGACGCGUCGUAUCAUCUUCGUCUCUCACUACCCCGCCAUGCUGACCGUAGCGGCGGAGACAAUCCGCUACUGCGUUCGGGUCUAUGAGUGGAGCGGCCUGUAUGUGCCGGUAGUGCAUGCCCGUCAUGUCAAGGAGCUGGUCCAGGAGCCUGGCCCUUACAUUCUGGGUAUCACCGCUGAAUGCCGAACCCUCUUCAACGCCCCCUCCGAUGCCCUUGUAGUCGACCUGGACCGCAACUUUGUCCUGACCUCUAGCCCGCCCAACGUUAUCAACCAGGGCCAGCGAACCAAGUUCAUCACCCGUCUGACCCAAGCCCUGAACGGCGAUGUUUCUCCGUCGGGUGUCCCCACCCAUCUGCGCACCGCCUACGCCGGUGGCAAGCUGAUCCCCGCUGGUCAGAUCAUUGUCAUGCGCGGUGAGGUGGAGAGCGUCCAGGAUCCCAACUGGUGGAACCAGGACGCCGUCAUGAGCGUCAUGGACCACGUCUGCGAGAAGCUGGGCCGCAACACCGGGAUGAAGGCCAUCUUCGGCGGCUCCGUCAAGAAGCCGCUCAUGACCAAGGUGUCAAUGCGUCACCUCAACGAGAUCGUUCGCGAGCGCAACCAGUACUCUCGCGAUGCCAUGGAGGCCUGGCAAGACUUCAUUAACCUCAAGGGUCGCAUGGAUACGGAGCUCAGCAAAGUUACCAAGCGCAACAACUUCCUGGUCGAGGAGCUCGAGACGUGGAAGCAGCAGUUCCUCAAGUUCCAGGCAUUUGCUGAACAGCUCACCAAGGAAACCUCCGAACUCAAGGUCAAGAUUGAGAACCACAAGCGGGAGAACCGCCGGCUUACUGGCCUCAUUGACCAGCAGAAGGAUGACGUGGCCCGCCUUACUCUCCGUCUGUCUGGCACCGAGAAGCAGCGUGACGAUGCUCUCGAAGCUCUGGUUCUCCAACAGGAGAUUGCCGAGGAGCUUGAGCGUGAGCGCAAGCGCAACCAGAAGGAGAUCUCUGCCCUCGCGCACACUACCACCACGUUGUCUCGCCAGCGCGACGAUGCCCAGCGUGUGGUUCUGCACCUGCGCAGUCUGAUCAAUGGCCAGAGCCACCACAUGGAGCACAUUGUUCGCUCCAUUGGCAGCAGCUCCGAAAUUACUGAGAUGGUCGAGCAGGGCUACGAAGACGCCCCCGAAGAGGCUACUGCCAGCCGCGAGGAGCGCGUGGAGAAAGUGAAGGAAUUGAGCAGCAAGGAGAGCACUGGCCACGAUCUCAAGGCAACUUCGGUAAAUAAUAUGAGCCCCGCCCUUGAGCAGCAUCUGCUGAACAUCGGCAAGGACCACAAGACCCUUGCUCGUCUGAGCAUCACCGAUGUCGCGGACCGUUACCUCCGCGAUAAGACGGAUGCUAUUGCGGACAUCAUUCGUAGCAUCAGUGAACAGUGCGCCGCUGCCGUCGAGGGCCUCCACCUCGCCCAGGAUGCCGAGGACGACGAGGCGGAGGCGCAGGCCCAUUCCAAAUCCGCUCACCAGAUCCGCGCCAACCAUCUCGGCUCGGACUACGAGAGCCACGAUGACGGCCGUACGACCCGUGCCACUAGUGAAGUGAGCGACAACGACAACAACUCGUUACACCCGGACAACCGUCACUUCAGCAUCCCGCCCACUCCCGACCUCGUCCACAACCGUUCCAGCACCUCGAUGUCCAUGGUGAGCAGCUCGACAUUCCCGGAGCGCUCCAGCCAGCAAUAUGGCCCGGGUGAUAUCCCGACUCGUAUUGUGGAGGAUGACGAUGAGCAUGCUCACGAGACCGAGAAUGUGGAUGACCAGGCCACCGGGACUGGCACUCUGUCAAAGCAGGCCAGCGAGGAUCUCAUGCGGCCCCAAACCGCUCGGGUGAUCUCGUAA